AUGCGACCGCGGCGCCGAAUUCUUGCGCAUAGGAUCCCCUGUGCCCAAUGCGACAAAACGUUUUCCAAGACGGAGCAUCUGAAUCGGCAUCGUCUUGUCCAACGAGCUCUAAUAGAUGCAACAGACACUGGUGAGCGCCCGUAUAAAUGCUCCAUCUGUUCUAAACAGUUUUCUCGAAGAGAUGUUCUCCUUCGCCAUCGCCGGAAUCAUCCUUCAGAGAAUGGAUCACGUCCUGAUGGAUUAUCGCUUACUCCGACUUACCCGUCUCAAGAGUUGUCUCCUGGUGAAGCACAUGAGACUGGCAUGGAUGGCCGUGAGGAAAUUCUGAUACCACCAGCAAUAGAGGAAAACGCUCUCGGUAUUCCUACGCGCCUACUGAGUGAGAACAAUCAAUUAGCUGCAGUCAAAGAGGCCCAGGGUUAUGGCUCCCUACAUGAUCUGGCUCGAGGUAAUCUGAGCAACGAGUUCUUGACUAUGCUUUUCCACCCUUCCUACGAGUCUCAAUCUCCUUUGAACUCGUUGAUACAUCAACCAAUAAUACAUCCCAACCACCAAGACGGCUUUCAAAGUUCACAACUGCAUUCGGUCGUCAGUAGUGGAUCAUUAUCACGCCCAGAUGUUGCGUACCAAGUUGCAACGAGAAUGCAAAGUCUCUGGCCAGGAGGAUCACAAGGAAUCAAUCGACCUAGUUUCUGGUAUGGAAUUGCAUUUGGCUCAUCGAAAAACAUCUAUGCCACCUACGAUUCCGGUCUAGGCCUAGACCCAAGCAACCAGACGCGUAUCGACGACACUACUCCGGAAAUCACUCUUACCGAUAAUUGCAAGAGACGACUUGGAGGAUUAAAAAGAAACACUUUAGUCUGUGGAUGCAAUCAAAUUUUUGAUGACGGGUUUGCUUGUGAGCUUCGAUAUUGUUGUAUCAACACAACAGAGGUUUUUGAUCAGGGCUUCUAUCUUUACACUCACAAGUUUCAACCCGCCUAUCCUGUUCUUCACCUUGCCACAUUUAGCCCCGAUAACACGCCCACACUCUUAAUUUUUAUCAUGUGUAUGGUUGGGAUUUCGUUUUUGAAAACUGAAGAAGCUGUAGCCUUUGUGCAAAAGGCUUACCCUGUAUGGAAGAUCUCCAAAUUGGCUGAUGUUUAUCUACUGACAGGUAUUGAGCAGGCAAUUAUCAACGAGGUCUAUACUCGGGUAAUAUCUGCAACUGUAGUUUCACAAACUCCCGUCGAUAUUCUAAGCGAUCUGGUGCUGGCCCACCACACGCUUUUUCUGUUCAUCUCGACAGGGGGAAAUCUCUGUCUGGAAAAAUCACAGAUUCUCUACAUACAUACACUCACAACCGCACAAAAAUAUGGCUUCUUCAGCUCAAAGAUUGAGGAGCCCAUUAAUGCACUUUCCCCACCAAACAUGUCAGAAAAUGCUCGGUGUCUGAUCAUAGGUCUCCUUCUGCACGACUCCUGGCUAUCUGAGCUCUUCUCGAUGAAUCCAAUUAUACAGGCUCAUGCUCUGGCGAUCAAUCUUCCGCAAUCGAAUAUUCUCUACGAAGCCCCAAACUGCCAUGCAUGGUCGCAGCUCUCGACCAACACUUCAACCAAGAAUGACGUCCUCGAGCUCUCGUCACACAACUUCAGUCUACCGGAUUUGAAUGGCCCUGUUCAUGCUUUCUCCAUGUAUGGGCUACUCUGUUCCGUUCUUCUUCGUGUUUCUGCAGAUACGUACCGGCUUGUCUCCAGCUCUGAUAUAGUUCCAGCAAGUCAGCACCACCAUGUACCUUGGAGAAUCUGUCAGAUCGAUAAACGAGCAAGCAUUGCUGCCCCUUUACUUACCAGUUUGAUCCAAGUAUAUGAUGAAACUCUCCGCAAGUCGAACCCCAACUGUAUUAUCAUCUGGCACAGCGUUUGCAUUCUCUUGACAGUCGAUGCCAAUGUCCUUGCGCGUGCUGCCGGUCGAGAGGGACCAGAAAUUAUGUCCCAAGCUCGCCUUGACCUUUCUAGCUGGAUAAACACGACUGCUGCACGAAGAGCAUGUCUUCACGCAGCUCAAGCAUUCAGGACUUUGUCGCACCGGAAACCUGCCGAUGGAACAGCCUUUCAGUCGGUCCGAACGUUAUUCAUGUCGGCACUUGUUCUUGGAAUGUACAUUUUGAUGGGCCCCGAUUAUUUAGGAUCAGGCCAGUCCAAUGGCAGUCAAUUCGACCUAGCUAAUACAGAUCUUGACUGGCAAGCGAUUGGCGAUGAAGGUCUGUCCGAUCAUAUUUCAAGUCCAUCAGCCAAGUCAGUGGAGCAAGAGGAUCCCGGCAUCAAUUUCAUUCGUGAUGGUGGGCCAAUAAUCAUCAAUGGGAAGAUAUAUAGACGAGGGUCUCGACAUGCGCAGCGCAUCAUUCUGGAGUUUGCCAGUCUUUUAGAUGAAGUGGGGUCACAUUGGAUGGCGGACUAUGCGCGACUACUGUAUAUGAUUCAUGACACCAUGGCAGAACCAACCGGUGCACCAUAA